AUGAGUAAUACUGCUUCGAUACAAAAUUCAGAAGUAAUAAAGGAUAAUGGCGAAAUUGAUGGUAAAGCUAAAUUAAGGAAAUGGUUGAAUAUGAACUUCAGAAUCGAGAUGACAGAUGGCAGAGUACUUAUAGGAGUAUUUCUCUGUACAGAUAGAGAUGCCAAUGUCAUUCUUGGUGCUUGUUCAGAGUACCUUAAAAAUAAUGAUGGUGAAACAGAAGAGCCUCGUGUUUUGGGUCUAGUCAUGGUUCCAGGGCGUCAUAUAGUUUCUAUAAAAAUAGAUGACACAAUGGACACAUCUUCACAAAAAUACUAUUAUGAAGAA